AUGACGCAAGGAAGGAACCGCCCGUUCGGGGUAGUGGUCUCAAUUUCUAUGUGGGCACGCGGGAUGGGCACGUGGGACGUGCCGGCGGAGCGUCCGGUCACGGGUAGGAGCGAGGGGGUGGGCAGCGGGGGCGGGGGUGGCGAGCGGCAAUGGAGCGACGGGGCCCUGGGGGCGGCUGCGGGGGUGCGCGAGCGCCAUUUCGAUCACAGGGGCGGCGACGUGUCGGCCGCCGCCGCCGCCGCCGCCGCCUCCGCCUCCCCCGGGGCCGCGGGGCCAGUACAUCCGCCGUCAUGGCUUGGAACUCGCUGUGAUGAAACGGCGGGCAUUGUGUCGCAGGUAAACAGCCGCGCCUGUCGCCUCAUGACGUGUUUACCUUUACGAUUGAGCCUUUGCAUUAUAGAAUCAACAAGACAAACAUCUGCUGCAUCAGAACGGAAAUUAAGAGAGAGGAAUUGCUGUGGCGGCAGAGGAAUUGUUGUGGCUGCAGAGGAAUUGUGGUGGCUGCAGAUGAAUUGUUGUGGCUACAGAGGAAUUGUUGUGGCUGCAGAGGAAUUGUUGUGGCUGCAGAGGAAUUGUUGUGGCUGCAGAGGAAUUGUUGUAGCUGCAGAGGAAUUGUUGUGGCGGAAGCAGGACGACCCGCUGCACCGCCGGCGUGUCACUGACGGUCAUCCACAACAUCCAGGAUCCAACUCAGGUCCCAACCAAGAAAUUCUGAAUGAAUAG